CAGGCUCGAUCGAACCUUCUCUUCUCGUGUCGCAAACACUUGAAUACAUUUUACUUUAUUCCAAUCGAUUCACUCGUCGCCACUCACUUUCAAGCGCAUCUUUCGUCUGGAGUGGACGUGAAAUCGAAAUUUCUUCUCUUACCGAGUGUCGAUUUCGCGCCUCAACUUGUCCCUUCCGCAAAAAGGAGGCAAAUUUCGGGCGUGACCUUGGAAUCUGAACCAAAAUAUCAAGGAAUGGUCAUGGAAGAGACGCCAAGCCCUCAUGUCGUGGGCCGAGAGUUUGUACGACAGUACUACACCCUUCUUCACCAGGCUCCCAUGCACCUGCACCGCUUCUACAAUGAGCACUCGUCGUUUGUGCAUGGCGGUCUGGACAGCGGCAUCCAGGAGACAAAGCCGGUGAUAGGCCAGCGUCAGAUCCACCACUGCAUCCAGCAGCUGGACUUCCACGACUGUCAUGCCAAGAUACAGCAGGUCGACUCUCAGGCCACCCUUGGCAACGGCGUUGUCGUGCAGGUCACUGGCGAGUUGUCCAACAACGGUGGACCGAUGAGGCGCUUUACGCAGACCUUUGUGCUGGCGCAGCAGUCGCCCUUGAAGUACUACGUGCACAAUGACAUCUUCCGCUACCAGGAUGAGAUGGUCAAUGAUGAGGAGCCGGAGUACGGCCGUGCUGAACAUGAGGCUGACGAGUCCACCAAGGAGCAGAUCAUCAAUCAGGCUCCAAACAUCAUGAAUUACUACAAUGAAACCCAGCCUUCUGCCCCAGUGAUGCAGGCGCCCAUUGUGUAUCCAACUCAAGGCCCAGUUCCCAUAGUAGAGGCGGCUGUUCCUCAGCCAGGCAUAUCAGUGGCCCCAGUGAUGGUGCCCAUCACCAACUACCAGGCUGAGCCUUGCGAAAUGCCACCUGUCGUGCAGGCCCAGCCUCCGACCAUCACUCCAGUACCGGCCGUUGCGGAACCUGAAGAGGUCAGUGCUGAAGUGGAAGUCAUCGAGCCCAAAGUUGAGGAGCCCCUGCCUGCUCUGCAGCAAGAAGAGGUUGCCAUUGUCGAAGAAAACAAAGGCCCCAAGACCUUUGCCAGUGUUUUCAAGAGCAAGGGCCAAAGUGGACCACCACCUCAGGCUCGCACCAAGUCACCUGUCGUUCAGCCGGCUGAGCACCAGCAGACUCCAAAGCCAACAUCCCCACAGUCAGCCCAGGGUCAACAAGGAGGACUCCCUCCGCGCCAAGGCAUGAACAAACAAGGUCCUGGAAACAAACAUGGAGGCGGAAACCGAGGCGGUCCCAUGAGAGGCAAUGACGAGAAGCGUGAGAGUGUCGGUCGUGAUAGGGAGUACAGAGAGCAAGGCAUGGACGACAGACGUCGUUCCCUUGGCGGCACUGGCGGUGGCCCCAACAGGCACCCUGACAGCCACCAAGUGUUUGUUGGCAACAUCCCUGUUGAUGCCCACGAGGCGGACGUGAAGAAUGUCUUCUCCAAGUAUGGCACCGUGGUUGACCUUCGCAUCAUCAACUCUAAAAACGUCGCAGGCAAAGUCUUCCCCAAGUAUGGAUUUGUGAUCUUCAGUGACACCAACGCAGUUCAUAAUUGCCUCAGCUCGAAGCCUGUGUUGAUGCCCACUGAACCACCCCACAACCUCAACGUUGAAGAGAAACGCCCCCGUCUCUAUGGCGACCGAGGUCCUGGAGGCGAUCGUGGAGGCAUGGGUGGCGGAAACAGAGGUGGCCGAGGUCAGAGGCCCCCGUACGAGCGCGCUGAGCGGUAAAGAGUGAGAGUUAUGGCGAGGUAGAAGUUAACGCGAGCCAGCCAGUAGCUACUGGGUUAAAGAAUCAGCAGUUUGAACACUUAACCUGCAUACCCACGUUGCAAACUUUCCUAAAAGUGCCCUAAGUUAAACAAAAAUAAUGUUAAAAAGAGAGAAAGAGAGCUCGGCUGCCAAGUUGCGUAUUAAUUUAUUGAUGAAGAAAGAUUGAAAGAAAAAGGACUGCAGACGCACCAAAGGGCUGUAAUCGGCCUGCAUGGCUGCCUGAGAAGCUUGGUUGUGCGAUCAAUACGCGUAUUUUAUUUUGUGGCUUUGGAUUAUUCCUCGAAUUUCCCCCAAUAAUUCAAUAAUUAAUUAAUAACUAACGGAAAGUGAUUUUUCAUUACUUAAUUAAGAUGGUCAAAUGUGAUUUCAUUAAGGUGUCAUUUUUAAAAUAAAAAAUAAUGAAUAUAAAAUGCCGAUUGGUGCUUAAACCCGCCGCUUGCAGGAGAGGUACGGUCAGUGUGAUCAACGAUUUGUGAAUUAGUAGUGUACGAAUGCAAGGAAGCGCUUUGAUAUUCCUCAGCAAGUGGCGUGUCUUCUUGAGAGGAACAACUCCUGUCCAGUCGCCUAAUUUUUUCACGUACUUGUCGGAAUCAUCAUC